CCCCCUCAACUCUCGAGGUCAAGGGGCUAGCCGAAUCUCGAUUAGUGACUAGUAGGUUUAGAUUAAGCAAUCAAUGAGGACGACCGUGGCGCCGAGCGAGACUCUGGACUCGUCCAAUACGAUGGGGCCAGUGGUCAUCACGGUGAAAUGAGAUUUCUACUGCGGAGAUGCCUUCAGGGACUGGGCGAGGAGACGGCGGGAAAAGCACAUGGAGAGAGUGCUGCUCAUCGGUUGUUGUUGUUGUUAGGCUACGUCAGAAGUUGCACGCAAAUACAUGCGCGGGGGGAAUCAAUCGGUCGAAGUGCAACAAGCUCAAAAGAAGAUCCUAAACAAGCAAGGGUUUCACGAGGAAUCGGGACGGAGGCUUUAACCCUCGCCCAGCCCGUUGCCCUCGAGCACCAGGCGCUAUGGUCAAGACCAGCGGCAUUAGUAUUGGGAUUUUUUGAUCGACUCCAGUCGGCAAAAGUCAGUCGGGUUGCUAACCGCAUACUUCUCAGAAUGGGGUUACAACCUCCUUGGUGGAAGAAUCACUUCCGAGCAAAAAUAGGACACACUAUCCAUUCUUUAGUUUUUGGCUCAUUGGACUUGACUCGGUUCACUACUAGGCUACUCAGGCUAUUGAGUAUUGGCAUUGACUACCAACGACUACCAACAAGCCUUUUGCCGAAGCAAGACAACAACAAUAACCACCUGAACAACAAGCACAAUGGAAGAAGGCCAAACUUCACAGCAGCGAGACAGGGGCAAUGAGCCGACCCACUGUGCUGGCCACUGGGAUUCCGUGAAGGGGAGCACAGCGGGGAAGCG